GUCUAUCACGUGACAACACAGCGGAGUUCUCCGUGGAAUGUAGCGUGUUGCCAUCGGCUAUUCGCGUCUGAAGAAUCCGCGAAAAAUCGUAGCGACGGAGUAGUUGCCUGAAGUUAUGGGCUAGAAGAUACUAUGUGAAGGCGUAGAGAUGCUGAGGACGGUCACCUGUCUCGCUUGCUUCAUUGUUCUGCUCCUCGUCUGUCAGGCGGCAGGCAAGCACAAACGGCGCUCUGACGACUCGUACAAAAGCGACUUCAAAAUUCUAAGAAAAGUUGCGAAGUAUUUAAGUAACGAUGGAGACGAUGAAGAUACCCAGAUUGGAAAGACGAAAAAUGUUCAAAAUACCCAGAAUGCAAACAUUCAAAAUACCCAGAAUGCAAAGUUAACCAAUAUUCAGAAUACCCAGAAUACAAAGGGAAACAAUAUUCACAAUACUAAGAGUGCAAAGGGACACAACGUUCAACUUACUCAGAAAGCAAAUGGUAAAGCCAAGGGAAUUAAUACCCACAAUGCCAAAGGAGCUCACAGCCGUGCUUCCCAGAAAUCCACUGGUGCCCAGAUCGCCAGGGGCUACCAGGAGACCGAUAAUUCUAGAGGAGCCGGAAACUUGGACCAAAAUACCAAUAUUUUUAUAAAAAGACCCAUCAUUGCAUUGAAUACUGCACAGGUAAUACCUCUGCAGGUUGUUAAGCCACUAUACCGGCCAGUUGCAAGGUUGGUAGGGCGAGCACGGCCUUCACAUGACCACCUCCGUGCCCCGUUAAGGCAUCAGCAAAACAAGGAGCAUUUUUUUUAUCCCCAAGUCGAACAGCCAAACAAUUGGCGAGGGCCACUAAAGGGUACAACGAUCAGCAAAGCCUAUCUAUUCCCAAGCAUUUCUAGACCGUUCCGAAAGCCCCCGAACAAUAUGUAUGCUGGAAGAUUACCAGUUUCUUAUCGGGGCAGCUUCGGGCCUUACCGAAGAGUGUACGUAGACCAGUUCGGUAAACCGAUACCCUCGCACCGUUUCGGAAGGCGUUUGUAUGGAUCUGCGAAAGCUUAUGCUUAUGGGAGGUUUUUACAGCGUGGAAUUCAAAAGAAGUUCACUGGGACUGGGAAUAAUUUGAGACCAUUGGUUAAAAGUUGGUAUACACCCUACCCGAGGUCAAUACCUAUGAGUAUGCUCCCGUAUCGACGGCACUUUAGAGAUUGGUCCCACAAGGGUGCUGCCAAGGCUUCGAUACCUAGCGCUAAGAAUACAUAUCACAGUAUACAGCGCAAUAACGCGGCUGACCAAAGAAACGGAAAAUGGGGGCAGUUAGCUAGGAAUGGAAUUGAAAAAAUAAAACCUCCACCAAUUCCGCUUCAGAAAGCCGGGAAUAAUACCAGAAUUUAUUCUAAAACGCAUAUAGCAGGGGUGCCUAGUAACAACAGAAUGGACCCCCCUGUUGCUAAGAGUAGUGUUAUUGACAUGCUGAAGAAUGGUAUGGUGUUUUACCUGAAUCAGGUUGGGUCACUUGUGAAUAAAGUGAACGAGAAAGUACUCAGGGAAAAACAGCAAGAAAAGUUGAAUGACUUGCACAAGCAGUUAAGCUAUGUCCAGAUGAAGGGGCAGCGAAAGGCAGUAGUGCUUAAGCCUGAUUCACUUGUAGAUCAGCAACGGCUAAGAGAACUACAGAAAGAGCAAAUAAAAGGAAACAGACUGUUGAAACAAAAGCAAGCACUAUCAAAGCAUCAAGGUGAAUUGAAGCUUCAAAGAUUUCAGGCCCCUAGAGCAUACAAAGCUGGGUUUGCUAUGACCAGAAUUCCUGUCAUGAAACUCAAGAAAGACUCGGUGCCCCGGCCACCGAGUUACUAUGCAUACAAACCAACAGACACACUGCCGUUGCCAUCGCAACAGGAAAUGACAGAUGCCAAUCAAUCAGAGGAAAAUCUUGUGAGAGGAGACCAGCUGGAACAACUGCAAAUGCAGCAACAACAACAAGAUAAGCAACAACAGCGGCAGCAAGCUAGACAACAAAAUGAACCACCACAGCAACAGCAGCGGCAGGGACAUCAAGAUGAUGAUUCUAAUAAAGUCGAGGUGAAUGCAAAGCGACUCCAGGAGGAAUUGAUAAAAAUGGCGGUAAACGACCAUAGCAAACAGCCAGGCAAUGAAAACCUCGUGACGGAACCAACCCAAGACUUGACCGGGGUAGGGAGGGAUGGCGUGCUAGGGACGACUGUAUCACCAUGGCAACAUGUGACGCAAUCAGCCCAGGCUGAACGGACUACUUAUUCGUAUUUAUCACAGCAACAACAGACACAACCCACACAACAACAACAGCAACAAAUAGAUGGAACAUACAAACAGCAGUUAUUAGACAGAUCUGAGAGUAGUGACAGAUAUUCUCUACAUAUCACUGACACUCCGGUAGAUGCUGGUCAACCACGACCUACCCAGGCCCCUAACUCUGGACAACAGCAACAACAACAACAACAACAACAACAACAGGAAAAUAAUCAACAGUAUAACCAAGGAAACCAACAGCAGCAACAGGAUAGCCAACAAAAUCGACAACCAGGUGGACAACAGCAGCAGCAACCAGAACAACAGCAAACAAACAGCCAGCUUCAGUCUCAGCAAUAUAAUCAAAAUCAAGAACAGGCUCCGCUUUAUUCUCAAUAUCCCACGCUCUCUUCUAGUGGGGUGAAUCAUCAGGAGAGCAGCGAGCGCUUCUCAGUGAAUAUAACAGAGACACCUUUCCCGCCUCUUCGACCGACGGCACCCUCAGCUACUCUUAACCAGCAACAGCUACCAAGUGAUUCGAACAACCAGCAGCAAGCUCGACCGACUGUCGUAGCUACUCAGCAGUGGUCUCAACAACAAGGCCAACAAUUGCAGGAGCAACAGCAGCAGCAAGAACAACAACAGUCGCAGCAGCAGCAACAACAACAAUAUGACCAACAAUCGCAACAACAACAACAACAGCAGCAACAACAACAACAGCAGCAGCAAGAUCAACAACAGUCGCAGCAGCAGCAACAACAACAGCAAAAUGAUAACCAGCAACAAAAAUCGUCGCCAACAUCACCACCUGGCCAACAAGAGCAACAACCACUAUCUCAACAGCAAGAUAUUCAGCAGGAGCGACAGAACUCCCUACAACAGACGGACAGAAACACAAGCCAGGCAUACGGUUACCAGGGACAACCGCCCAAUCAGAAUAUUCCUCCCACAAGCAGUAGCUUUCAGCCUUCAGCUCAAUCAAAUAAUAGGACAACAGCUUCUGUAACAGCUACAAGACCUGCCUUUUACGGCAAUAAGCCCGCGCCCACAUCUAGAAAUAAUGCUAGCGAUAAAGCUAAUGCGUUCCCAACAGGAAAACCAGUCAACGUCAAGAAUGACCCAUUACUGAGCAGCUUUCUAUCCCAGGGUGAUACCGGUACGACAGGUUCAGACCUGAAUGACGACAUUGGGGCAACCAGUUUGACAGGUCACGAUGCUCAGGUAUCUUACAUGCAAAGUGUUUUGAAUCAGAUUGCUGCUGCAAGUGUGGGCUCAAGUCAAACUAGUUUGACAAGUGCUGAAACAAGUCAAACAGGUCCAGUCAAUGCCCUGCCGACUAUCCAUCCGGCGAUCCAAGCUACGUACGCCAAGGCUGUAGUGCCACCAAGUCCUGCGACUUACAGCUAUACACAGCUGCCACAAAGUGCAUUCCACUAUCAGCCCUGGGAGCAGCUCCCCAGUGAAGACUAUCUACAGUCGCAAUACGCGACACCGGAAACAAUCCAUGGCGUGACAUCAUAUGGAGCUGCUGUGACCCCUACGUCACUUCCUUAUGUAACGCAAUCCUAUUUGGACCGCCAUGUCGAGGCACUUUACCACUCGUAUAAACCUGACGCGCUGUCUACCGCGCCUGAGCCGCUGGAGAUAGACACCAGACCAGCUAGUAGCUUGGGCUCAUAUCCAGUUACUUUACGAAAGAGAACACCGUAUUUGCCAAGCACCAACUGGUACAAGAAAUCAAAGAUCGCAAAGCUAAAGACGAGGAAGAGACUAUUGGAGAUCAAUAAGAAGAAAAAGAGACGAAGGAAGAAGAAGAAAAAGCGAAGAAGAAAGCGAAUGUCGAACAGAUAAAAGCAUGUUCUCUUUUAUAUACAUCUCCUUUGAAAUUCCUCUGCGACUAAUUGUUGACUAGCUGACUUGCAUUAUUAUAUACUAUUUGUAAUAUAAUCUUUCAAACAAAUUGACUGAUAUUAUGUAUUUAUAAACAGCUUUCAUUAGAAGGCUGGCCUUGGAAAAGCCACUUUUCUAGGAAUCGUUGUUUGAAAAUCAUUAUGGUAAUAUUUAGACAACAUUAGAAUUAAUAUUCUAGACAAUAGCUCUAGGGAAUUAAAACGCCGCAGAAAAUGGCAGAAAGAAGUUCUUUUUGCCAAUUUCGUCUUGAAAGUUCGACCGCGGAAGUAAAUGUACCCUAUAGAACUUGCACCAUUCAAUUAUAGAGUAUCUAGUUAUAGAUUCUAAGUAAGUCAUGCACACCGCGCAAAUAUACUUUUAUAACUGUUAUAUCAUAUGCCCAUAUCACGACAUUCUUGGUAUGCAUGAUGUGUAAAAUAUUUAUUUUCAAAUAAAAUUAAUAUCCAGAAGA